AUGCGGCACAUCACCUCCUUUCUUUAUUUCCUGAUUUCUCUUGUGAUACCCAUCGCUGCGUCCGACUACCAUGAACAGCUCGUUCUGAAGCCGUUGCCUCUGUCCGCCCUACUGGCGAGCUUCAACUUCCGGUCCAACACAACCCUUUCCGAGUUCGAGGCGCACAACUUUCGAUUCUUCCCGCGAUCUCUCGCCCAAAUACUGGAAUAUUCUGGCACAAAAGAACUUCAUCUACGCUUCAGCCUAGGGAGAUGGGACGCUGAGAGCUGGGGCGUCCGGCCAUGGGGCGCUGACAGCAAGUGGUUGACCUUGACGAACGCGCUGUCGGGCCUCUUCUGUGCCUCGCUGAACUUCAUCGACGGAACACGGACAAUACGGCCGAGUAUGUCCUUCCAGCUCGAAGGCGACCACUCCGAUGCCGUGGUAUCGAAUCUACAUCUGCUGCACGGAACACUUCCUCGAGAAGUUGUAUGCACGGAGAACUUGACGCCUUUCCUGAAGCUGCUUCCAUGCAAGGGAAAGGCCGGCAUCGCUAGUCUCCUUGACGGACACAAAUUGUUUGACUCCUCAUGGCAGAGUAUGGCUAUCGAUGUGCGACCAGUCUGCCCUGAGGGCGGCGAGUGUGUGCUUGAGAUUGAUCAGUCUAUUGACAUGGUCCUUGACAUAGAGCGGUCCAAGAGACCUAGAGUUCCUGGCCAUGAGCUCAAAUGCAACACUUCCAAAGAGUACCACUCAGAGGAUACCUGCUUCCCCGUCGAGUACAGCAUAGGCCAGGACUGGUCCAUCUCUAAAAUAUUCGGCAAGCCCAUUCAGGGAUCAUGCCCGUUGGCUGAUGCUGAGGUAGCUCCCGUAUGCUUGGAAGUGCCAGAAAGUAGACCGGUCUGGGUCACUGAAGGCGUCAACGAGUUCAGAAACAGCAAUGAGCAGAAACGCUGCUAUAGCGCGAGCCCGGAGAGCACGAUCGAUCUCAUCUUGCCUCCAAUCGAGAGAGAAGGCGAGAAUGCCCAGGUCCAUGCUGAAGAAUACGUUCAACCGGACAUUCCCCCACUUUACGCUGAGCGCAGUCUAACUGGGCACGGUCAAGAACGAGGAGGCGUCCAGACUAUCCUCACAAAUCCCAGCGACACUGAGGACGUCAAGUUUGUCUACAUGGAGUCGCUUCCGUGGUUCAUGCGAAUCUACUUGCAUACUCUAGAGGCCCGAGUUCUGGAUUCCUCCAGCGGCAAGCAACAAGAUGUCAUACAGGACAUAUUUUACAGGCCGGCCCUCGAUCGGGAACGAGGCACGCAACUGGAAGUGAAGCUUCGUAUCCCGCCUCGGUCCACAGUAUUUUUGACCUAUGACUUCGAGAAGUCGAUUCUGCGGUACACAGAAUACCCACCCGAUGCCAACAGAGGUUUUGAUGUAGCUGGUGCAGUCAUCACCAUUCUAAGUAGCGACAAGUCGACCUCGAACCUUCGGACUACGGCGUUGCUACUCAAUCUCCCCACCCCAGAUUUCAGCAUGCCUUACAAUGUCAUUAUUUUCACUUCGACGGCUAUAGCACUAGCUUUUGGGGGCAUGUUCAAUCUUCUGGUCCGGAGGUUCGUCGCUGCGGACGAAGGGCCUGAGGUCACUCUCACCAGGCUGAAGAACAAGCUGAACGCGCGCUUGGGUACUCGUUUAGCCAGCUUACUCGGAAGAGGUAAAACUACACAGGCGCCAACGGUGGAAAGCAAGGGAUAG